GACCAAACUGUUCUCUAGACUCUACAAUUCGCACUAUAAACGUGCGUCACAUAGUUGUAGUGGAUCAUUGACCACUGCUAUUUAUAGUGGUCGUCACCCUCAAUCAUCUUCAUCAUCAUCAUCAUCAUCAUCAUCAUCUCCAUUAUAAAACUAACUCUAUGUAGUCUAUCCCCUUAUUCCCCUGUAUCCCUUUAUAUAAUAAUAAUAUAACAAAAAAUAAUAAUAUUACUUAACCCCAAUUCCACUGUACACCAAUCUGUAACCAUGGCUCUAUCUAAACAACUCAUGGGUUGUUCCCUGACAGAAAAAUCACAGUUUCUUUCUUCAAACAUUCUCAAAUCGAUCAAUUAUAGCUCGAAUCAGGUGUCGGUGAGUCCAAAGAGGUGUGUUCGAACGAGGGUUCCGGUUGUGAAGGCGGCGAUCAGUGAAGAUCUUAAAGAUCUGGCUAAGUUUGUGAACGCGGAAAAGGCGGUUACGUUCAAGGUGAGAGCUGUGUUGACUGUGAGGAAUAAGUACCAGGAGGAUUUUAAAGAGACUCUUGUCAAGAAAUUUGAUGCGCUUGCUGAUCAGAUCGGGAGGAAUGUUGUGCUCCUGGUUCAUAGUGUCGAUAUUGAUCCGAAAACAAGGGCUCCAAAGAAAAGCAAAGAAGCAGUGUUAAAAGACUGGUCAGAAAAGUCAAAUCUGAAAUCUGAGAAGGUUAAUUACACAUGUGAUAUAUUAGUGGGUUCAGAUUUUGGGAUCCCAGGAGCAAUUAGCAUAAGUAAUAAGCACCAAAAAGAGUUUUAUUUGGAGAGUAUUACGAUCGAAGGAUUCGCAUGUGGGCCCGUUUAUUUCCCUUGCAAUUCAUGGGUUCAAUCCACUAAUGAUCAUCCUAAUCCCAGAAUCUUCUUCUCUAAUCAGCCGUAUCUGCCAGAUCAGACGCCAGCUGGACUUAAGUUACUAAGAGAAAAGGAGCUUACGUAUUUAAGAGGUGACGGGAAAGGAGUCAGGAAGUUAUCAGACCGAAUCUAUGAUUAUGAUGUUUACAAUGAUCUCGGAAAUCCUGACAGGGGAAGUGAGUUUAGUAGACCAAUAUUAGGUGGUCAAAAGAUCCCAUACCCAAGACGUUGUCGUACGGGCCGCUUACCUAGUGACACCGAUAUUUUAUGUGAGAGUCGAGUGGAGAAGCCUUUUCCGUUGUAUGUUCCAAGAGACGAACGAUUUGAAGAAUCGAAACGAAUUACUUUUUCAACAAGUCGGUUAAAGGCAGUGCUACAUAAUCUUUUACCCUCAAUGGUGGCUAAUAUUUCGAAAAAACACGAUUUCAAGGGGUUCUCGCAAAUCGAAUCUCUUUACAGUGAAGGAGUCCCUCUCAAAUUCGGGCUUCAAGAUGAUCUCUUGAAAAAGCUCCGGUUGCCGAAUAUAGUAUCUAGCCAAGGUGGCGGUCUACUCAAAUUCGAUAUCCCCAAGAUUCUUUCAAAGGACAAAUUCGCAUGGUUACGUGAUGAUGAAUUUGCUCGCCAAGCACUUGCAGGGGUCAACCCGGUCAACAUAGAGAAGCUUAAUGUUUUCCCACCAGUGAGUCAACUCGACCCUGAAAUCUAUGGCCUACAAGAGUCUGCUCUCAAAGAAGAACACAUUUCUGGCUAUCUUAAUGGGCUCACCGUACAACAGGCUAUGGAGGAAAACAAGCUAUUCAUAAUUGACCACCAUGACGUAUAUUUACCGUUUCUUGACCGAAUAAACGCACUUGACGGGCAUAAGACAUAUGCAACCCGCACCAUAUUUUACUUGAACGAAUCGGGCACACUUAAGCCUGUUGCAAUCGAGCUUAGCUUACCACGACAAUCAAAGCGUGUGGUCACACCUCCAAUAGACGCCACUAGCAACUGGACCUGGUUGCUCGCUAAAGCCCAUGUUUGCUCUAACGAUGCUGGCGUUCACCAGCUCGUAAACCACUGGUUACGGACACACGCAACAAUGGAACCGUUUAUAUUGUCUGCGCAUAGGCAAUUGAGUGCAAUGCACCCGAUUUUUAAGCUUUUGGACCCACAUAUGAGGUACACGCUAGAAACCAAUGCGAUUGCGCGCCAAAACUUAAUUAACGCUGAUGGCGUCAUAGAACAAGGUUUUACGCCGGGACGUUACGCGAUGGAAAUAAGCGCUGCCGCUUAUAAAAACUGGCGGUUUGAUUUAGAAGGACUCCCAGCUGAUCUCAUUAGAAGGGGUAUGGCGAUCCCGGACCCAAGUCAGCGACAUGGACUCAAGCUUUUAAUCGAAGACUACCCGUACGCUUCUGACGGGCUCUUAAUCUGGGAAGCGAUACAAAAUUGGGUCCGAACCUAUGUAACGCAAUACUACCCGGACGCAUCUUUCGUAUGCAACGACAGCGAGCUCCAAGCGUGGUACGCUGAGUCAAUCAAUGUGGGCCACGCUGAACUUCGCAAUGAGACAUGGUGGCCCACGUUGGCUAACGUCGAGGACCUGACCGCCAUCCUAACCACCGUCAUUUGGUUGGCGUCAGCCCAACACGCGGCGCUUAACUUCGGUCAGUACCCAUACAGCGGCUACAUACCGAACCGGCCACCGCUAAUGCGUCGAUUGAUUCCCGAUGAAAUGGACCCUGAAUACGCGAGCUUUCUUGAAGACCCGCAAAACUACUUCCUCUCUGCGAUACCGAGCAUGUUACAGUCUACUAAAUUCAUGGCGGUGGUCGAUACGUUAUCUACACAUUCGCCUGAUGAGGAGUAUAUCGGUCAGAGACAACAAACCGACACGUGGACCGGGGAUGCGGAAAUGGUGGAAGCAUUUUACAUGUUUUCGACGGAGAUUAAGAGGAUUGAGCAGGAGAUUGAGAGAAGGAAUCGGGACACGAGUUUGAAGAAUCGGUGUGGUGCGGGAGUUUUGCCGUAUGAGCUUCUUGCGCCGAGUUCACAGCCUGGUGUUACUUGUCGAGGGGUUCCGAAUAGUGUAUCGAUUUGAAUCGGUUUCGUGGGUGUAGGAUUGUAGGUGUAUGUGUAGGUUUAGGUGUGUGUUUGUAAUGUAUCAUGUAAUGAAGCUGUCAAUAAGUUGCAAGAUUAUGUGGUCUAGGGAUCUAGUGCAAGUGUGUAACAUCCAGUGUGUUAGUUAUGUUGUAGCUUGUAAAAUUGUAUUAAUUUGAUAUUAAUAAAACUUGAGAAAAGGGAACAUGUGAAAUUACUUAUCCCA